AUAAAAACCUUGUUUGCCCUAGAAUCAAUCACAGUCCCCCCGCCGGAACCAAGCAAUUAGCAAACUGAAACAAUGGCGGACGUAGUUCAGUACCGCCUCGAGCGGAUGGUCGACGAGCUCGACGACCUAGAGCGCCGAGGAAUCUUCACGCGUGACGAGAUUUCCGAGAUCGUGAAGCAGCGCCGCAAGUUCGAGUACCGUCUCAAGCGACCGAGCCCGCUCAAGCAAGACUUUAUCGCCUACAUCGACUACGAGUCUCAGCUCGACGAGCUCCGGAGGCUGCGGAGGAAGGCGGUGGCGGUUCAGUCCGGCGAGGAGAAGAAGAAGAAGAAGAAGUCGAUUUCGGAUUACGCGGGCGUGGCUAAGAUUGUGGAGAUUUAUAGGCUUGCGACGAGGAGGUUCAAAGGGGAUAUCAGUCUUUGGUUUAAGUAUCUCGAGUUCUGUAGGCAGAAGAGGAAUGGGAGAAUGAAGAAGGUCUUGGCUCAAGUAAUAAGGUUUCACCCGAAAGUGGCUGAAGUGUGGAUAUAUGCUGCGGCGUGGGAGUUUGAUCGGAACUUGAACGUUGCCGCAGCUCGUGCUCUUAUGCAGAAUGGUCUGAGAGUUUGUCCGAACUCCGAGGACUUGUGGGUGGAGUAUCUGAGAAUGGAGCUUACCUAUCUGAACAAGCUGAAAGCUCGUAGAGUUGCACUUGGUGAGGGUGAAGGGAGUUUGGUUCGUGACAAGAAGAAUGUUGAGGAUGAACAAUGGAAGGAUGAGAAUAAGGAGCUGUUUAUGUCUUUAGAUGAUAAAGUGGAAAAGGACAAGGACGGCUCUGGUGUUGAUGAAGAUGAAGAUGAUGAUGAGGAUGCGAAUGGGAGAGUUGAUGUCUUUAAAGAAAAAGGAUCUAAUGUUCUUCAGGCUAUUUAUGGUGGAGCUGUUGAGGCUCUCCCUUCUAGUUUUGACUUGAGGAGGCGUUUUCUGGAGAUUCUAGAGGCAACAGAUUUGGCUCAUUCUGAUGAUAUCCGCAAUACGAUUCUUAGUGACCUUAAGCGUGAUUUUUCCAGCGACCCUGAAUACUGGAAUUGGCUUGCGAGGAAUGAAAUGAGUGAUUGUCUUAGCGUUGAGUUAGCGAAUCCUCAAAUGCAAAAGGCGAUUCAGGUUUUUGAAGAGGGCUUGCAAACUAUUACCUCAAGCUCUCUCUUUGAGAUGUAUAUAAAGUUUCUGAUGGAGGCUAUUGAACGGUCAAAUGGUGACGAUGAUGAUAUUUCAUCUUCGUCUGAUUCGACUGGGGAGUUCAUUUUACAUCUCAUCAGUGUGUACAAGAUAGCUGAUGGAACCGGGUGUUUGACUGAGGAGCUCGCUGAUGAUUAUGUCUCUCUCUACUUGAAACUGGGAAGGGCCGAUGAUGCUCUGAAGCUAGCAGAAAACCUUUGCUCUGGAAAAUUUGCGGGAUCAGCUAAGUUAUGGCUUUCAAGAGUUUCCAUCGAAACAAGAUCACUUUCAAGUAACUCUACUCCUAGUAAGGCAGAUUUGGAGUCAGUCUUUCAGCUCCUUUCAAACGCUUUGAAGAAAGUACCGAUUGCAGAAUCUGAGAGCUUGUGGCUUAUGGCAUUUAAAAUCUUUGCUCAGCAGAACAAAUAUUUUGACAAGCUUGUAGAGAUGUCCAUCCUAUCGGUAGCCAAGGGCAAUAACGGGUGCGACCCUGUGUUUUGUCUCGCAUCCGUAGUGGUAAAACUUGUUCUUCAAGCAAAAGGAAUCCACAGUGCAAGGGAGAUAUACAAGAGGUUCUUGGCUCUUCCACGUCCGGGUCUAGCUCUAUACAAAGACUGCAUUGAAAUAGAGACUGAUCUUGCAUCACAAGGCGGUAAAGAUUGUCUAAGAAACGUCCGGAAGCUUUAUGAUUCUGCUGUUGCAAGUUACAGUCAAGAUGUGGAGCUGUGGAAAGAUUACUACUCAUUGGAGACAAAGAUGGGAACGUCGGAGACGGCCAAUGGUGUGUAUUGGCGUGCAAGAAAGACUCUGAAGGAGUCUGCGGAUUUCGUAGUUGGAUCUUGAUUUAAUGUAGCUUUUUAUUUUAGAGGAAACACAAUGUUUGACCUGUUUUUUUUGUUUAAGUUAUUUGUUUUUGUUCCAUCAGAAAUUACUUU